AUGACCAAUAUAAAGAUUUUUAUAUCGGUAGCUCGGAUUAAAUAUGUUGGCAAAAUUAACGAAACAACUGGUGACUCUACUACUACAACCAGUUCAAUUAUUGAAGAAAAUACACAAAAUGUGGCAAAACAAUUAACAAAUUCAAAAUUAAUUGAAUUUAAAAAGAUUAAAAAUAAAACAGGUGUCAUUUAUUUGUCAAGAAUUCCACCUUUUAUGAAACCUGCUAAAAUAAAACAUUUGUUAAGUCGAUAUGGAGAAAUUGGUCGUGUGUACUUGGCACCUGAAGAUGCUAAAAUUCAUGCUAGAAGAAAAAAAUAUGGUGGUAAUAAAAAGAAAAAUUAUGCAGAAGGUUGGGUCGAGUUUUUAGAUAAAAAAGAUGCCAAGAAUGUAGCAAAUAUAUUGAAUACUCAACCAAUAGGAGGAAACAGAAGAAAUCAUUAUCAUGAUGAUUUAUGGAAUAUCAAAUAUCUUUCAAAGUUCAAAUGGAGUAAUUUAACAGAUCAAAUUGCAUACGAGAAUGCUGCUAGAGUUCAACGUCUCACAGCAGAAAUUUCACAGUCACGAAGAGAAAAUAAAGAUUAUAUAGCAAAAGUAGAAAAGGCAAAAAAAAUAAGAAACAUUAUUCGUUCUAAAGAAAAAUCCAGUCUCAAUAAUAAUAAAAAUCCCCCUGUUUAA